AUGGUAGCUGAGGUUGAUUCAAUGCCGGCUGCCUCUUCUGUGAAGAAGCCAUUUGGUCUCAGGAGCAAGAUGGGCAAGUGGUGCUGCCACUGCUUCCCCUGCUGCAGGGGGAGCAGCAAGAGCAACGUGGGCACUUCUGGAGACCACGAUGACUCCGCUAUGAAGACACUCAGGAGCAAGAUGGGCAAGUGGUGCUGCCACUGCUUCCCCUGCUGCAGGGGGAGCAGCAAGAGCAACGUGGGCGCUUCUGGAGACCACGACGACUCCGCUAUGAAGACGCUCAGGAGCAAGAUGGGCAAGUGGUGCUGCCACUGCUUCCCCUGCUGCAGGGGGAGCGGCAAGAGCAACGUGGGCGCUUGGGGAGACUACGAUGACAGCGCCUUCGUGGAGCCGAGAUACCACGUCCGUCGAGAAGAUCUGGACAAGCUCCACAGAGCUGCCUGGUGGGGUAAAGUCCCCAGAAAGGAUCCGAUCGUCAUGCUCAGGGACACUGACGUGAACAAGAAGGACAAGCAAAAGAGGUAA